UAGCGCGCAUCGGCGCCGCGGACGCACGAACCUCCGCACCUGCCCUUGGACACACUAAACCCAAAUUACGCGUGUGUCAAACUCAAGAGGGUUUUUUUCGUCUUCUUUCUGUGCUUGUUUCCUCCCCCGACGUGAUCCUCGUCAAGGAUGCCCGGAGCACUGCUGUCCCUCUACAUCGGCAUGGAGGUGGCGAUCGCGGUGGCGUCCGUGGUGGGCAAUGUGAUGGUGGUGUGGGCGGUGAGGAUUAACAAAUCCCUGCGGGACACCACCUUCUGUUUUAUCGUCUCGCUGGCGCUGGCGGACAUCGCGGUCGGGGCGCUGGUCAUCCCACUGGCCAUCACUAUCAGCAUCGGGCUGCAGACGCACUUCUACAGUUGCCUGCUGGUCGCCUGCAUGGUUCUGGUUCUCACGCAAAGUUCCAUCCUGGCGCUGCUCGCCAUCGCCAUUGACCGUUACCUGAGGGUCAAGAUCCCUACCAGGUACAAGCAGGUGGUGACGCCCCGGCGAGCGGGCGCAGCCGUGGUGGUAUGCUGGACGGUGGCUUUUGUGGUGGGCCUAACCCCCAUGCUAGGCUGGAACAACCUCAAACGUCUGCAGCAAAACGGCUCCAUCGACUCCGACCUGGUGGUCACCUGCCAGUUUGAGAACGUCAUCAGCAUGGACUACAUGGUCUACUUCAACUUUUUCGGUUGGGUGCUGCCGCCGCUUCUGCUCAUGCUGCUGAUCUACGCCGAGAUCUUCUACAUGAUCCACAAGCAGCUCAACAGCAAGAAGCUGACCGGCAGCCACACUGACCCCAACAAGUACUACGAUAAGGAGCUCAACCUGGCCAAAUCCUUGGCGCUAGUCCUCUUUCUCUUUGCCGUCAGUUGGCUCCCCUUACACAUCAUCAACUGCAUGACGCUCUUCUGCCCUGAGUGCCAGACACCCAUCCUCCUCCUCUACAUCGCCAUCCUGCUCACCCACGGCAACUCUGCCGUCAACCCCAUCAUCUACGCCUUCCGCAUCAACAAGUUCCGCACGGCCUUCCGUAAGAUCUGGCAUCAGUAUUUCUGCUGCAAGGACACACCCACUCUGGAGAUGCAGCCCAGUGACAGGAGGUGGCAAAGCGUCAAUCCCGAACCAGGUCGAAUGUCGCCCCCGAGGGUCCUGCAUGAUGGCGGCCGUGUGCCCGACGCCCUGCAGCCUCAGAACCAAAGCAGUGAACCUCUACAGUUGAAAGAACACCCACCCAUAUUGGAGCAAAAUGCCAUUUAG